CAAGAACAUGUUUCUAUGCAGUUCUGUUUGAGGUUCACAGAUGGCGCUUUGUUUUUUUUUAUUUUUAAGAAGUUUUACUUCAGUCGUGAGGUCUAAAGCACGCUCGUGUGGCCCCAGCGCGGGUGCAUCAUGCCGGCCGCGGCGGGGGAGGCGCGCCACUACUGGGCGCAGUGCGUGGCCGAGUGCCGGCGCCGCGCCGUGCUGGCGCUGUGCCAGUGCACGCCGCACACCAAGCCCGUCGCCAACCGCAGCGCCGACGACGUCAUCUGCUCCUUGGAGCACAUGGCGUGCUUGGACAAGUAUAGAGAAAAGCUGGCGUCCUUCUACCCGGGAGACGAUGCAGACGAGAGCCUGAGCGAGGAGCGGGCGGACUCCGUGGAGUGCCUGCACUGCCUGCCCAACUGCGCGCUGCGGCGGUACGCGGCGCGCGUGUGGACGGUGCCGUACGGGGGACUCGGCAAGAGGCCGUUCCACAACAAGUUUGUUGACGGUCUGUCUUUGGUGAACGGCACCGUCCUCAGAAUCUAUUUCUCAAGGGAAGACCAGGCGCUAUACCAAGUGGAAGCUAAUCUGAUCUUUUAUGAAGUCGUUGCAUUCCUCGGCAACCUUUCUCUGCUAGUGAUGGGCAUCACAGCGAUCACCUUCUACGAGCUGGUUUACUUCUGCACCAUCAGGUGGCGCCACCAUUACAAGCGGCGCUGCCGUCGGGACAAUAAACUGUCUAAAUUGAAUACACUUUAAGAACAAAAGUUUCAUGGAUAAAUGGGAAAGGCCAUUGACAAUUAAUAAAUUCUUAACAUAUUUUUGUUUGCAUUAUUUUAUAGAUUUCGUGAUAUGCAUGACAUUAAAUCAUUUACUUCCCAGUGAAAUGCUUUCUUUCUUUGUGUCGCUAAGGAUCUCCACAUACUUCAAAUACAAUCCCGAUAGUGGGGAUUAUUAGCUAUCAAAUUGCAUUAGGUUGCAUAGAGCAAAAAUUUAGAAAAAAAACGAAACGUGGGUUACUCUACUUCAAAAUGGAUUAUUAAUUUAAGCUUACGUAUUAAGGUUGUUCGAAUUCUUAUUCGAAUUUGAACUUAUGUUUAUGAUGAUAGCAAAUAUAAAAUGUCACUAAAAACGGACAAACGUCAUGAAAUCGAACAUUUUUUUGUACACAUUUACUGAAUGGCUUGACAUUUCAAUUAGUGGUAGUAUUUGCUUAGCUAACGAUUAUUAUCGAACGCGUACGGAAUUAUAUAAUCAAUGUUAUAAUAGAUCUCCAUUAGUUAGCGAUCAAUGCAGAUGGUUUCGGCGCGAGAUCUGUGCCAAGGGGAGAUGUGUAAAUGCCAGCGCAUAACCCUUGGCAUUUGCU